AAGAAUGGAGAUUCGGUUUGGCUCGCGAAGCAGAGCUGCUCGCUCGAGGAUUCGGUCGAUUCGCAGAUUUGCAGGCCGCUGAGAACCGUCUCGCUGUGCACUUGCAUUUACUGUCGAAGAGCAGAGAAGGUGACUUCAAGCAUAUGUAAUGAGCGACAAAAUGGAAACACCCUCUACAGAAAAUUUGUGUUCGGUUUUGAGAUACUACACGGGGCAUCCGAGGGAAGUGAAACCAUCGAAAGUGAUUGACUUCAAAUCAGAACGUCAAUUUGUGGAGCUUCUGCAUGAAGGAGCUCCUGUGGUGGUCGCCUUUACACUGAGAUGUCCUUGGACCAAACGAUUUGACAGAGUAAUGGAGGAUGCAUCAUCAGAGUGGUAUCCUCAUAUCAAAUUCAUGCGUGUGGAGUGUCCUAAAUAUCCUGGCUUCUGUAUAGCCCGACAAAGGAAGGACUAUCCAUUCGUGGAGAUAUUUCACAGCCCGAAACAAGGAGAAACUGAAGGUGGUGCCAGAGAAGGCUCUGUCACCCGGUACUCCGUAAACGUUCUUCCGUUCAACUACGACAUGAGUCCGUAUGGCUUUAGAGAGUUUUUCAAAAUUCAUGGGUUAUCGUGAUUUCGGGGAUCUUUUGUGACCACCGGGCUCCGAGACGCAUCAAGCCUCUCUUGAUGCGUCUCGGCCUUUUGAAAGAAUGAGAAUCUCGAAGACAGGGCACUUCGACAAAGGAGACGCACUCAAACCUCUUGUCUUGCUUGUAUCAACCGGCCCGUGUUUAAAAGCUGAUAUCAGUGUUAUGGUUGUAGGCGGAACUCGCUAGAAUUACCCUCAGGAGAACACGCAGACUAUUAUGAUAGAUCCGAGUUCCCAAGCAAUCAUUACAUUUGAUGGUUCAAGAUUGUGCCGGUGGUGACUAGAUCUCAAUGGAGCCCAUUGAUUCAGAGGCCAAUGUUGUGAAAUCUUGCAGAACUCCAACACUCCUUAGGCAGAACAUGCAUGUCACUAGCACACCGGUGGAAUCUGUUACAGAGCCCAAGAACGCGGAGUUCAGCAGAGUGAUGUAGAUGGUUUUGAUUUGACCCUCCGCGGCCUUCUGAUGCUUUUGCAUCUAUACUACCAGGUGUCCUCGUCGCAAAACUUUUGGAUCAUUUCUAAACAUCGUAAAAAAUUUCGCGUCCCACAGCUCUUUACGAAUGACUUUAUUCUUGCCAUUUCUCUAUACGCUUGUCACGACU